GAAUUCCUGGCGGGAGAGGACCAGGGGGCAAGAGCGCUGUGCGAAACGUUAGGCGUCUUCAACAAUUUUAUUGUCAGAAGUUUGAGCCCUCAGUUUUCGCAGUUUUGUUCACGAAGUGCUCCCAUGAACUGCUCCUUGCACUACCCCCGCCCAGCUAACUACGGUCACUGAGCGUUCUGCCCACUCUAGAUCAUCUGGGGAAUACUUUUGGAAUGCCUCGCUUUCAUGAUCAUCCUCUGGGCGGCCUGCAGCCCGUUCGCUCAGGUUAUGUCGACGUAGUUGACAAGGGCGGGGCCCGACUCUACUGGGAAGAGUAUGGCGCCCCCAACGCCCGACCGCUGUUCCUUCUCAACGGGGGCUGCUCCAAGAUCCCACUCAUGGGCCACGUGAUCCAGGUGGCGCUGGAGCGCGGCUACCGGGUGCUCAUCCACGAGUCCCGCGGCAUCGGCCGCAGCAGCUGCAACGCGGUGGGCCGCCAGACCACCACCCUGCUGGCAGCUGACGCCCACGCGGUGCUGGAUGGCGCCUGGGGCACGGACAGCGCCUUCGCGCUGUUUGGGGUGUCGCUGGGCGGCCUGGUGGCGCAGGAGCUGCUCUACCGCCUCGUGGCCGCCGGGCAAAAGUCGCGCAUCCAGGCGGUCUGGCUCACCGUCACCGGGCCCGGCAGCUGGCUGCGGCCGCCGCCGUUCCUGCAGCUGCCGCUCAUGCGCAUGGCCUUCAAGCCCACACCCGCGCCCCCCGCCGCCACCACCUCCGCCGCCGCCCCGCCGGCCACAGCGGCUGCCUCCGCCUCUGCCGCUGCUGGCGCCAGCGACGAGGCCACAAACGGCAAGCUCAGCCUGGCAAAGGGCGGCGGCGGUGCCAUGUUUGCAAACGAUGCCGACUUCACGGCGCGCUACUCGCUGGAAUCGCUGUUCAGCACGGCUUGGCUGGACAGCCCGGCGCCGCCGGCGGCCGUGGAUCCCGCUGGUGGUGCGGCGGCGGCAGCUGCCGCGGGUGCUGGGGCCAAAGCUGUGACGGUGGCGGGCGCGGCGCCCGAAGUGCAUGUCACUGUGGGCACUGGUGGCGGUGGUGGUGGCAGCAGCAGUGGCCGGCAUGUGGUCACUCGCCGUGAGGCGGUGUGGCGCGUGUUCACGACGCACUGGCGUGACAUGCUGGCCCUGCACGGCCCCUCGGACUUCCCGGCUGUCGCCUGCCAGCUGACCGCACUGCUUGGGCACUACCUGCAGCCCCACAGGGCCGCCGCCAUCCGCGCCGCCGGUCUGCGCAUCAGCGUGGGCGUCAGCACCGCGGACCCCUUCUUUCCGGAGGCGGCGCAGCGGCAGCUGGCCACGGCCCUGGGCGCGGCGGUGGUGCAGGUAGUGGGCGCAGGCCACAUGGAUGGAGCCAUGCUGGACGGGGCCUACAGCGCCUUUGAUGGCGGCCUGGGGUGGCUGCUGGACACGGCCAGCAAGCAGUAGUGGGCAGCGGCGGACGGUGGAGGUGACGGACGGGUGGCUGGCAUGGGGGCAGGGGACGGACAAGAGGCGCGGGUCGAUGUGGGUCAGGGCCGGCGUCUGGUGGCUCAAGGGUCUGGAUGGGCCGGUUGUUUGUGCGUGGCCUUGGGUGUUGGUGCGGGGCGCCUUGGCCUGCUGCUGGAUGUUGCACGAACAGACGCACACACACACAGCAGCAGCGGUUGUGUCGCGCGUGUGCUUCAACUGGCGUGCGCUGUCGUGUGCAUAUUAUAGGUAUUGUUAAGUAAGGGCGCGGGGUGCGCGGUGGUGGCUGUGGACUGGUAGGAGGCCCCUGUAACGGAACUGAAGG